AGCCGGGCCCGGGCGCAGCGCUGCGGAGGCGAGGGCCGCGGGGGCCGGGCGGGCGGCGAUGAUGAACAGGUUCCGAAAGUGGCUGUACAAACCCAAGAGGUCGGACCCGCAGCUGCUGGCCCAGUUCUACUAUGCCGACGAGGAGCUGAACCAGGUGGCCGCCGAGCUGGAUAGCCUGGACGGGCGGAAGGACCCACAGCGGUGCACGCUACUUGUCAGCCAGUUCCGCUCCUGCCAGGACAACGUGUUAAACAUUAUUAACCAGAUUAUGGACGUGUGCAUCCCUCAGGACCGCGCCCCGCGGGAUUUCUGCGUCAAGUUCCCUGAGGAGAUCCGGCACGACAACCUGGCCGGCCAGCUCUGGUUUGGCGCUGAGUGCCUGGCUGCCGGCUCCAUCAUCAUGAACCGCGAGCUCGAGAGCAUGGCCAUGCGCCCGCUGGCCAAGGAGCUGACCCGCAGCCUGGAGGACGUGCGGGGCACCCUCCGCGACCAGGCGCUGCGGGACCUCAACACCUACACGGAAAAGAUGAGGGAGGCGCUGAGGCACUUCGACGUCCUGUUUGCUGAAUUCGAGCUGAGCUAUGUUUCGGCCAUGGUGCCCGUCAAGUCCCCGCGAGAGUACUACGUGCAGCAGGAGGUCAUCGUGCUGUUCUGUGAGACGGUGGAGAGGGCCCUGGACUUCGGGUACCUGACCCAGGACAUGAUUGACGACUACGAGCCAGCCCUCAUGUUUACCAUCCCCAGGUUGGCCAUCGUGUGUGGUCUCGUGGUCUACGCGGAUGGACCCCUGAACUUGGACCGCAAGGCGGAAGACAUGUCUGAGCUGUUCCGGCCUUUCCACACGUUGCUGCGGAAAAUAAGGGAUUUGCUGCAGACCCUGACAGAGGAGGAGCUUCACACGCUGGAACGGAACCUCUGCAUUUCCCAAGACGUGGAGUUCCCCAUCCGGGCAGACACCCAGGUGCCCCCGGCCCUGGCGCCUGCCUUUCCUGAAUCCCUUCCCCCAGAGGAGCUGCUCUCAGCCAAGGCCAAAAACCCGGAGGCGGAGCUGGCCUGCUCCAUGCAGUAUGAUGACCAGGAGCUGGAGCAGCUCAACCGCAUGGUUCACAGGGUUGGGGACGAGAUGUCCUCCCUCCUCUCCCCGCCCAGCGCCUGCCAGUCCCCUGCGCACAGGCCGGGGGCCGAGGGCAGCCCCCGAGGGGAGGCCUCCCCAGGCAGCGCAAGGCUGCGGCCGGGCAGCGAUGAGGAGGAGGGAAGGGUGUUCUUCAUGGAUGAUGUGGAGGGGACAGCAGAGGCCCCGGGUGGCCCAUCUGGGUGGGCGGGCAGUACCAGUGCCAACCCCCAGGAGGGAGAGCAGGGCGGAGGGUGCGGAGAGGCGGGGGUCAGUGCGCCCACCACGGCAGAGGAGGGGGACUUGAGCAAUAACAACAACAUCCAGGACAGCAAAUUGUGGGCGGUGGGCUCCAACUCUUGCAGCUGCCUGGACUCCCAGCCGCACCUGGAUGGCUGGGAGGUAAGUGUGGACGAUGCAGAGACAGCCGAGAUGAUCGCCCACCGGACAGGGGGCAUGAAGCUCUCAGCCACGGUCAUCUUCAAUCCCAAAUCACCCACCUCCUUGGACUCUGGUGUCACCACCCUGGAAGCCCCAGGAAAUGGCAUCUCUCCAUCAGAUCCCACGGCCGAGGGGCUGGAGGGUGGCUCCCACAAACUCAGCGCUGCGGCCACCAACUGCCUCCUUAACUCCUGCGUGUGCUGUGGAGGCUGUGGAGGCAGCAGGGAGGACGCUGUGGAGAGUCUGCGGGACAAGUGUAGCCCGGGAAGCGUCAUCAGCGCCUCCUACGUUGGCUCUGCCAAGGCCAGCGCCAAGGGCCCGGCCGAGAGACUGGAGGAGGCCCAGCCUGCCCUGGAGGUGUUGCCCAUGGGCGCCCCGGCCCCCCUGCCCUCAGAAGACGCCCCCGAUAGGCAGGACCUCAAAGCCCCGACUUCCAACAAGUGCCUGGCCCACACCUCAGGUCCCCAGGUGGAUGCAGCAGACAGGUCUCACGGAGAGGGCAACGGCGCAAGUCAGCCAAAGGAGCCUGAGGCCCGACAGGAGGACGAGGGGCAGCCCUCGGAGGCCAGGGAGGAGAAUCAGCAUGGAGAGGUGGCCAAGGGGGAGACCGACUCCAGCUGCUCCACCGCCGAUCCCAGCUCUUCAGACAAGACCAGGCCGGAGGCAGUCCCUGUGGCCACAAGAGAGAAGAUCCGGUCCAAGUUCCAUGGCAGCCACGACCUGAUCCACCGCCUGUUUGUCUGCAUUUCAGGUGUGGCUGACCAGCUGCAGACGAACUACGCCAGCGACCUGAGAAGCAUUCUCAAGACCCUCUUUGAGGUCAUGGCCACCAAGCCAGAAACGGAUGACAAGGAAAAGUUAAAGAAGGUCACCCAGACUCUGCGGAGCGCGGCCUUGGAGGACUGUGCCCUGUGCCAGGAGACUCUGUCAUCUUCUGAACUCGCGGCCAAGACCCGCGACGGUGACUUGGAAGACCCGCCCGAGUGGGUCCCAGACGAGGCCUGCGGCUUCUGUACCGCGUGCAAAGCGCCCUUCACCGUCAUCCGCCGGAAGCACCACUGCCGCAGCUGCGGGAAGAUCUUCUGCUCCCGUUGCUCCUCGCACUCGGCGCCGCUGCCCCGCUACGGGCAGGUGAAGCCGGUCCGCGUGUGCACGCACUGCUACAUGUUCCACGUCACACCCUUCUACAGUGACAAGGCGGGCAUCUGACACAGUGCCCGGGCACUCCCCAAACGCGCCAGGGCCCGUGGACUCCCAGGAAGGAGGCGCCGGGGGCCGUUCUCCCUGCCUCCUCCAUCCAGGCCGCUGGCUACUGGAGAGUUCUCACUGCAUUUCAUCAAGCUGCUGCCGCCGCCAACGCAGGGGCUGCAGGCCGCCCAGACUUCCAGAACGUCCAGCGCCUCCGUCCCACCCACCCGGCCUCCCCACCUGUGGGGACCCCAGGCCAGCCUUAGGGGCAGCAGGAGGUCAGCUUUGCCCAGGGGAGUACCCAGGGGUGCCAGGUGGCUGCCUGGACAAGGGUGGGCUCUCUUCCUGCCUGCCCCCCUGGCUCGCUGAGCUACUGCCUUGAGGCUCAGCCGUGGCAGAAGGCCUGCUCAGCGCCCGCUCUUGACAGGGGAAGUGGGGUGGUUAUCUGAGCUCCAGGCAGCCUCAGCACCUGGGACUAAACCCGGGGCAGAUGGUGGACACCUAGGGAAGAGGGGCCAGGCCUCAGCGUAGGGUACCGCAGGGCUUCCUGCAUGCUUGCCGAGCCAGAAAGACCAGGCAGCAUUCUCUCUGCAGGGCCCUGAGCCCACAGCUGCCCACAUUCCCCAGUGCCGCCCCCUCCCCACUCCCCUCAGGACCUCGGCUAAACAGAAGGCAUCUCAUUUCUUCUCAGAGGGAAAAUGCAGGAGCAGACCCAGUGGUCCGCUGGGCAAGCUGGCGUGCCCCUGCUGUUAUCUGCCCACCACUGGCCACCUGCUGAUGGGAGGGGCAGGCGGCUGCCCACACAGCACUGAGACCCACAGGCAGAGGUUUCCUGGGUCCUUAGGCCAGGGCUCCCCAGGCAGCGGAGGACCACCGGACAUCACCCACUUGGCUGCCAAUACCCCCUUCCCUUUGCACCCCCUGGGACCCCAGCCCACCUUUGCAGACCCCGGAGCAGCCUAGGACCCAGGCUGAGGGCCCCAGCACGGACACCUCCUCAGGCUUAAAUCUCAGGCUUCACAUUGCAAUGACGAUGCAGUUUUAUUUUUAGAGAGAUGACACACCUACUGCUUCUUUUAUAGGAUAAAACCCAAUUACUAUUUAACAGUGAAAUACAUAUGCACAAAAACGGCUUCUGUGGGGGGAAAAGUAUAUAAUGGAGAGAAUAUUAUGUAUUGAGAUUAUUUUUAUUUUCUAAAUGUUAUAAUUUGAAACCAUUUCCAUAAAUCUAUUUAAG